AUGCAGCGGGCGCCUCGGUGCAAAGACGGAUGGAGCAACGCGGGCAGCAGAGGGAGUGCAGCCGGACGCUCUUCACCAGUGCAUCUUUCCUGGGGUGUUACAAGAGGAAACGCCUCCAACUGGGAUGAAUUUAAUAACAGCGGGAGCAGCAGCAUAAAGCAGCAGAAAUGGGACACCACUUCCCAAGCAGGGCAGGGUCUCCACACAACACCAACUUCUUUAGAAACAAACACUUCUGCCUCCAGUAAAUCGAUGCUCAGUAGGACCACUGUGUCUACCUUGACAUCUGCCAAGGUGGAGAGGACACAGGGCGCCUCAUGGACCCCCAGCAGUCACCAGUCAUCUGCUAUCACAGGGGAGUCUAGUCAAACCUCAUCAAGAUCAAUGACUGCAAGCAAACAAAUACAAACUGGAACAUCACCAAGCAGCACAACUGUAUUCAAUCAGUCAUUAACUGAGACUACACAAUCAAGCCAAUCCCAAACUGUCCCACCAUCAGCUGUACAGUCGUCAACACCCAGCCAACUGCUGGCGAGCACAACUUCACUCAGCCAAUCAUCAACUGAGACUGCACAAUUGAACCAAUCACAACCUAACCCAGCUAUCCAACCACUGACAACUGCAACAUCAACCAGCCAAUCAAUGGACAGUACGGAACAAAGCAGCAAAUCAUUAAGCACCAAAACAAUGACUAGUAUUUUACCAAACAGUUCAACUUCAUCUAGUCAGUCAUCAACAAAUAUCAUAAAACCUAGACACCUAGUCAGUUCAGAACCAGCCAGCGAUCAGAGGACAACCACAGCAUCAGUCAGCCAAUCAGCUAAAAGCACAAUAAAAAAGAGCCAACCAGCAACUUCCAUAGAACCGUCUGAGAUGUUGUCAACCACGCAAACAGUUACUAGCCAAUCGUUAAUCGCUGCUUCAACAACCACCCAAACAUCUAGCGUCACAGGAAGCAGCCAACUACAAUACAGGGAAAAAAUAACAUCAGACGACAAAACACUACCCAGCCAAUCACCAAACAAGGGAACUACAAUGAGCCAAUCAGCAACAACCACAGAAUCAACGAUCUUACCAACUGGCAUAAUAGUACAUACCAGUGCAUUUUCUACUUCUGUCAAAUCAUCAGGCCAGUCGUUAGCCACUCAACAGACUUCCAGCUCACCAACAGCUACUGUUACAACAGCUGGGCAAACAUUCAACAUCACAGAAAGUAAGCAACUAUCACAAAGACAAAACACAACUAGCCAAACACCUGACAGCAUAGCACCAUCCAGACAACCACCAAAAAAAGCAACAGCAUUUAGCCAAACAUCAAUAUUCACAAGGUCAAUCAGUCCAUCAACAGGAAGAACACAGCAAACCAAAACAUCAGUAACUUCCGCUAAAACAUCAAGUCAGUGGUCAACUGAGAAAACAAUAUCUAGCCAGUCACCAGCCACCGUUGCAACAGACAGCUUACUACCUGGCAUCACAGAAAGUAGCCAACUGUUAAACAGCAAAACAACAUCUAGCCAAACAGCCAAUGACAUAACACCAUCCAGCCAAUCACCAAACAAGAGAGACGCAUUUAGCCAAUCACCAACAACUGUUGCAUCAAUCGAUUCAUCAACAAGCAGGACAAGGCACUCCAGCAAAUCUGCAACUACACCUGAAGCAUUAGAGCCUUCAUCAGCCACUAUUUCUUCAGCAAACCAAGAAAUGGUUAUCAAAACACCACCUACAACAAACAGCACCACAACAACAGGACAAAUGCCAACAACAGCGUCAGCCAGCAGAUCACUGCAUACAACACAGACCAGCCAGUCUCAGACAACCACGGCUCCAUAUACUCAGCCAUCGACAGCUGCAAUAAUAUCCCAGUCAUCUGGAAGUACAACUCUACCCAGGACAACAGAUUAUAAACAAAACUCAGCAACAACAACCACUAAACCAGUCAGCCCAUCCACUGAAAUGGAAUCAAUUCAACAUGCCAAAAAGACAAAUCCUCUUAGACAAUCACAAAAGACAGCAGGGUCAGACAUAAAAUCAUCAGGCAGUUCCUCAAUAGCAAAUCAAACUCCUCCUACCAAAGGACCAGCCAAAAAGUCUGCAUCCAAAAAGCCAACAACUAGCUUAUCACCAACAAUCUCAACAAGAACAGCGCAGUCUUUUACAAAUACGAAACAUGGCGGUCUGUCAUCAGCCAGCAAGGAACCAGUCAAGACCUUCUAUGAACAUUCAAGGGAAAGUUCAACAAAUACAAGCCAGCUGUCAUCCAGUCAAAAAUCACUGAGCCAAUCAUCAAGUGCUUCAAAGACUUCAAGCCCCUCCUCAUCCACUACUGCAUUUUCUGAUCCCUCACCAAGUACUUCUAUAACACCUGAUCAUUCAACGACCUCACAGGACACAUCACACAGCCCGGGAUCCAGUAACCAAUCACUGCCAAAGUUGGUAACCAAAAGCCAAUCAGUGAGCAGCUCAUUAGCACCACAGCCAUCAGCAUCUACUUCAACAACAUCAGGAAAUUCAGUCACUGAAGUCUUUUCAUUGGAGGAUCGCCCACUGAACGUUUCACUUCUCACCAGACAGGCCAAGGAAGCCCUUAAGUCACUGAAACGGCGAAAUCCAGAAGAUACAUUUAAGGCUUUCCUGUCUAAUUAUCAGCACUUUAAUGAAUUCAUUCAUUUGUUCCUCUCAGGGGCGCCGUGUCAGUCUCCCUGCCUGAAUGGAGGACAGUGUGUUGGAGAGGAGUCAUGUGAAUGCAGCUUGUUUCAGGCUACUGGACAUAGAUGUCAGACAGUUCCAAAUCCUGGUUUUGAGAGGGAGAUGGCCUGUAGGACAUGGGGUCAGUACAACUUUGAGACCUUUGAUGGCCUCUACUUCUACUUCCCUGGACGCUGCACCUAUACAUUACUGAGGGACUGUGAGGAAACCACCCAGGCCAGCAUCGUGGUCCAGGUCCAUAAUGACCCAAGCUGCAGCUCUGCUCCCUACAGCUGCCAGCGGUCCGUCAGCAUCUUCCUGCCAUGGGAGGGCGAGAUACAACUGCAUGCCACUAGUGUUGCCUUCAAAGGCCGAAGAUUGCAGCUGCCUCAUCACAUACAUGACGUGAAGCUGGAGCAGAUCUCCCAGUACGUUCUGGUGACUCAGCAGCAGGGCUUCACGCUGGCCUGGGAGGGACACAGCGGCUCUGUCUACAUCAAGCUCAGCCCAGAGUUUGUGGGGAGAACCUGUGGAUUGUGUGGCAACUUCAACGCAGAUGUUCAGGACGACCUGAGGACGAGCUAUGGUGUGCUGAGUCACGAUAUAGAGAUGUUUGGAAACAGCUGGAUGGAGAUGGAGCCUCAUCAGGACAGAUGUUCUGCUGUCCCCUCUGGUUUCGCCUCACCUUGCACUCAUGUUGGUGCUCAACUCCUUCAGACAGUGGAGGAGGAGUGUGCAAAGCUGCUGGAGUCGCCUUUUCAGAGCUGCCAUGACUUUGUGAGCCCGCUGUCCUUCAUGGCCAGCUGCUUCAAUGACCUCUGCAUGUCGGGUCCCAGCGGCGAUGUGGUAUGCCAGGUGUUCAGUGAGUACGCCCGAGCCUGUGCCCACUCUGACCACCCGCUGCACAACUGGAGGCAGUACAUUCCUCAGUGUGUGAAGCAAUGUCCUCUGGGGCUGCAGUACAGAGAAUGCAUCAGCUGCUGUCCAGAAUCCUGCAACCUGGAGCAAACAUGCAUCGACAGCAAGCUGGCCUGCCUGGAUGGAUGCUACUGUCCAGAUGGUCUAAUUUACGAGGAUGGAGGCUGUGUGAUGCCUGCUGACUGUCCCUGUGAGUACCACGGCAUGUUUUAUCCAUCUGGACAAAUGCUGCAGGAAGAAUGCAACAACUGCACAUGUGUGGGUGGAGUGUGGAACUGCACUGAGUACAGCUGCCCAGGCGAGUGCUCGGUGACAGGUGAUAUGUAUUUCCAGUCCUUUGAUGGAAGGAUCUUCACCUUUCCUGCUACGUGUCAGUACGUCCUCGCCAAAAGUCGCAGCUCGGGGAAAUUCACCGUCACCAUCCAGAAUGCCCCCUGUGGAACUAAUCUGGAUGGGGCCUGCAUCCAAUCAGUUAACCUGGUGAUUGAUGAAGAUCCAAAAACAGAGAUCACACUGAGUCACGUCGGCGAGGUCUUCAUGGCAGGACAUUACCGCAUCUCGCUGCCCUACUCUGAUGAUGCCUUCCACAUCCAGGAGCUGUCGUCCAUGUUUCUCCAGCUGAGGACGCCGUUUGGCCUGCGUCUGCUGUACAGCUGGGCGGAGUUUCGUCUCUACCUGCAGGUGGACGAGCAGUGGAAGGACGACACGGUGGGACUGUGCGGCACCUUCAACGGCAACAUUCAAGAUGAUUUCCUAUCUCCAUCAGGAAUGAUAGAAAGCACCCCCCAGCUGUUUGGGAACACCUGGAAGGUCUCAUCAGCCUGUCCUCUCAGCCUGAGCACACCUCAGCUCGACCCCUGUGACACGCACCAGCAGGCCGUGACCUACGCCUCAGAGAUGUGUGACGUUCUGAACCAGGAUCUGUUCUCGGCCUGUCACGAGCACCUCAGUCCGAUGCCUUUCCUUCAGCAGUGUCGCUCAGACACCUGUAAGUGUGGGACUCCCUGUCUCUGCCCUUCGCUGGCCCACUACGCCCGCCACUGCCGCAGGUUCUCUGUCAUCAUCGACUUUCGAUCCCACGUGUCUGACUGUGCGAUCAUCUGUCCCACCACCAUGCAGUAUGGCACCUGCGUCUCCUCCUGCCAGCGGCGGUGCUCCUACCUCUCCAUCCCACAGCCCUGUGGGGAGGACUGUGAGGAGGGCUGUGUCUGUCCUCAUGGCUCCUUCUAUAACCACCGAACACAAACUUGUGUGCACAAGAGCGAGUGUCCCUGCAGUUUUCUUGGAGCAGAUUAUGAACCAGGAGAUGUAAUCAUGACAUCAGCAGGUGUUCAGCUCUGUCUGAAUGGUAAACUGGUAUCCCAAACUCCAAAAACAGAGAAAAUGUGCCCACUGGGUCAGCUGUAUCUGAACUGCUCAGAGGGAGAGAACAACCUCUUGUCUGGGAGGGGAGUGGCAUGUGAACGUACCUGUGAAUCCUACCUGCUCAACAUCACCUGCUCUGCACACGAGCCCUGUGUAUCAGGAUGCGCCUGCCCACCUGGGUUGCUGAAACAUGGAGAUGAGUGCUUUGAACCUGCAGCUUGUCCCUGUUUGUGGAAAGGGAAAGAAUAUUUUCCUGGCGACAGAGUCUCUUCCCUCUGCUACCAGUGUGUUUGUCAGCAUGGGGCGUUCCAGUGUGUGUUCCCUCCGUGUCCAUCCAUGUGCACGGCUUACGGAGACCGUCACUACAGGACAUUUGAUGGGUUGCUGUUUGACUAUGUUGGCGCCUGCAAAGUGUAUCUUGUAAAGAGCAGCGCUGACGUGAUGCUCAGUGUCACAGCUGAGAACAUCGACUGCUUCGACACUGGGGUCAUUUGCAGAAAAUCACUUCUGAUCAACAUUGGAAGAUCCUUCAUUUUGUUUGACGGCGACUCUGGGAAGCCAAAUCCAUCCAGUGUGAUUGACAGGAAGCAGCAGAUGCUCAUCUGGCCGGCAGGGUUUUUCACAGUGAUUCACUUCCUAGAAGAAGAUGUUACGGUCCUGUGGGAUCGAAAAACCACCGUCCACAUCCAGGUUGGACCUCGCUGGCAGGGGAAGCUGAGCGGACUGUGUGGGAACUUUGACAUGAAGACAGUGAAUGAGAUGCGGACACCUGAAAACAUUGACUCGCCAACGCCUCAGGAGUUUGGAAACAGCUGGACAGCAACAGAGUGUGUGAACAGCCCUGACAUCAGACCCCCCUGCAGCCUCAGUCCUCUCAGAGAGCCCUUUGCUAAGCGUCAGUGUGCCGUCCUGCUCAGCGAGGUCUUCCAGACCUGCCACCCAGUGGUGGAUGUUACCUGGUUCUACAUGAACUGCCUUGCAGACACGUGCGCCUGCAGCCGUGGAGGUGACUGUGAGUGUUUUUGCACCAGCGUGGCGGCGUACGCCCAGCGCUGCUGCCACGAGGGCAUCCCUGUCGACUGGCGCUCCCCGUCUCUCUGCCCGUAUGAUUGUGAAUUCUACAACAAAGUUCUGGGUAAAGGUCCGUUCAGGCUCUUCACCUUCAGGGAGCCGACGACCCUGCUGGCAGCCAGCAGGUCCAGCGGCUUUGUGUUCCUGCAGCAGGUCAACACCAGUGCUGCUAGUGGAGGCAUCUUCUCACAGUUCAUGAUGACUCCAGGGCUCAGCAGAGCUCGACCCCACGAUGCAUCAAGGGUUUCCUUUGAGGCAGCUGAUAGACCAAACUACUUCCUGCACGCAAGCUCCAGCGGCCAGGUGACGCUGGCCAAGUGGGAGGAGAGUGAGGCAUUCUGGGAUGGAGCCACCUUUGUCCUCCAUAGGAACACCUGGAUACCCGGCUAUGACUCGCUUGAGUCCCAUGCUAAACCCGGCUUCUUCCUGCACGCCACGCUGCCCCGCCUCCACCUGCUGAAGUUCAGACACACCUACAGUUUCCGGAAGGCAGCACUGUUCAGGCUGACAGGCCCCAGUCAAGACACCCUGCCGGCUCCUCGAUGCCAGUGGAGGUAUGACUCCUGUGUCAGCCCCUGCUUCAAGACCUGCAGUGACCCAUCAACUGAGGCCUGUGUCACUAUACCACGAGUGGAAGGCUGCCUCCCUUUCUGCCCCGCCCACAUGGUCCUGGAUGAGAUCACCAGACGCUGUGUCUACGUGGAAGACUGUAUUAUGGUUCCAGCUGUUGUGCCACCUGUGGCUCCAUCUACUGCACAUGUCACUCCUUUAUCAUCCACAAGCACUGCUGCCUUCAGCACCCUCCUGAUGGUUUCCACCACUACCCCUGUCUCUCCACAUACAAGAGUACAAGUCACCAGCAUUCCUCCUGUGAGCCCCUACACCGCCUCCUCUAAGCCACAUGACACCAUCACUCCACCUGUAACUCCAUCUUUCACAACAUUACCUCCUGCUGUGAGGCCAGAGGUGGUGGAGCCAUUGCCUACCAUCACAGUGACAGAAGCUCCUCCCACAACGUUAAUGAGGAGCACUAUCAGCCCAUAUAACACCACCACAGCCAGGACAAGCAGCACCCCCAUCACAACAUCCUCCACCAAGUCGACCCAUUCCCCUCACUCAUUCUUCACCACCACGUCUGUAACCACCACUGCAGCACAAACUACAACUUCUGGUGAGGGGCCAACCUCUUUCAGUUCUUCUACUGCUGAACGUCCAGAGAAAGACACGACAGAAACAACAACACGUUCCACAUCUUCCAGCCCGGUUCCCGCUCCGCUUCCGGAGAUUUCGGUAGUGACAGACAGAAUGACUGUUCCCAGUUCAACUACUACUGUGGACACUGGCACUAUUACUGAAACCCCUACUGCAGAGGAGACAACAACAGCAGCUGUUAUGCUGCCUGGUUUACCAAGCACGAGCUCCACAACAGCUCCUCCUGGUCCAUCUUCACCUCCUGUAGAAACAGGAACUGUAUCUUCCCCAAGAGUAACUUCAGCAAAAACUAUCAAAUCAUUCACAACAGUUUCACCUUCUACCUCCAGCAGAGUAACAACAACGACAACAUCCCAUCCUGCAACCACAGAAAGGGGAAUUUACACCAUUCCUACUGACCAAACAACUUCUACAGUGUCUGUGUCACCACCACCCACCAUCUAUGCUACACCCACCACAACCUCACCAUCUGCGUCAUCCUCAACUGCUGCAGAACAGCAAACAACCACAAGGAAAGUGGCCAUACAUGAAUCCCCCACACCUACACUUCCACCAGUUUCAAAGAUCACACACACCACUACGUCUACCACUUCUACAUCAACAGCCUAUACUGGAAGCACUUCUUGGUCCGCAGCUGUCCCAGUAACAGCAAGAACCACCACCAGAAAGGCAACUUCAGGCCCACUGGUGGUUCCAGAAACAACCACUGUGUCCUCCGGUCUUCUGUUUACCACAAAACCUUCCACCAAAACUUCUGCUGUACCACCAUCACCAACUCAUCCUGUCUUUACUGAGCAGACGUCUGAGCCAUGGCGUCCACCGCAUUGGGAGACCUCCUUCACUCCAAUCUACAGACCUACUUCAGAGCCAACAUUAGAGGUGAUCGAUAGAACUACUGUUUUCCCCCAUAUUUCACUCACAUCAAAACCAUUUCUCACAUCUUCAUCAUCAUCUACUGAAGCAGCCACCACCACUCCUACAACAUCAGAAAUUCCCUCUCCAGACAUUGGAGCCACCACAACAAGGAAGCUGGUCACACCCCCAUCGCAACCUGUGCCUAGAACUCCUGAGACAUCCCUCACCACAGCCCAAAGAGGAACCACAUCAACGGCUGUUACCAGCACCAGCCUUAGUCCAGUUACAGACAGACUGCAGCUAUCAACCAAAUCUACAACCACCUCAUCUUCAUCUGUCUCUCCGGUCCACACAACAAUAUCUGCAAUAGCUUCAAAUGUAACCAUGGUCCUGGAAAAACCCACAACCCAGUAUGUGUCCACGUCAAGAGCUACACCCUCCACAACAUCUACCACCGUCACACAGACGUUCUCCCCCAGAACAACACCCAGAGUUCCUGUAACAAGAGUUACCCCUAGAGUCACCUCAACAACCAGACCAUUUACGUCUAGGGUCACCUUGGCAAUGAGGCCAACUGCCACGUCAGGGGUGACAUCUACAACUACUGCAACACCAAUAAGUACAAUCAAACAUGUUGACUCAUCUGCAUCAAGACCCCACCCAAUAACCUUAGUAGCACCAUUUUUGUCUCCAUCAUCUAAAGCGAUUCCCACCAGAGACUCAACCACACCUGGAAGGACGUUAUCACCCAAAGAGGUUGAUUCGCAACCACCUACACCGAGGCCACAUGAUGUGAUCACUUCCACCCAGCAACCUGGAACUCCAGCUCUCACUAAAACUUCUCCUUCAUCGUCCACCACGACCCAGAUGAGCCACACAAGUCUAGGUGAAACACCUUCUUCAGCUUUAACUUCCCUCCGCACAGCGGUGGAGACAACAAGCCCUUCUGCAGAGCCAUCAACAUCUUUGACAGUAAAACCUAUGAGGAUGUGCACGCCUCCAUAUGCAGAGAUAGUUGAUGAAUGCACAAAGUACAUCUGCGUCAACAACCAGCUUGUCCUGUUCAACAAAUCCCAGAGCUGCCCCUUCACAGCCAAACCUCCGAACUGUGGCCUGCUUGGCUUUGCUGUUCUGGUCAAUGGAGACAAGUGCUGCCCUAAAUGGGAUUGUCCAUGUCGAUGCUCGAUGUAUCCUGAUCUGAAUGUGAUCACGUUUGAUGGGAACAGCUUUGCUAUCUACAAGGCUGCUUCGUAUAUUGUGUCCCAGCUGCUCAAUGAGACGCUCAGUGUUCUGAUUCAGGAAUGUCCUGCUGACUCGGAGUCCCCGCUCACCUGGAAUUUCACCAAUCUGUGUCUGGUUUCGCUCAACAUCACGCAUAAAUCCAACCACGUCGUCAUCAACAGGCUGCAGAGGAGACUCUAUGUCAACUCCCGUUACGCUAAGCCUCGCUUCAAAAAGUUUGGAUUUGAGAUCUACGACACAGGCAACAUGUAUCUGAUCCGCAGCCCAGAGGGCCUCAAGGUACAGUGGUACCACAGCACCGGCAUGAUGGUGAUCGACACUGACAUCUCGAGCAAGAAGCUGCCAACCAUGGGCCUCUGUGGUUUCUGUGAUGGAAACCCGGCCAACGACCUGACUCUGCCCAACGGCACCACGCUGGGCGUAAGCGAGGAUCCAGCCUUGUUCAUUGACAGCUGGCAAGUUCCCAACACCACCAGCUACAUCAGCUACAGCCGCCGCCGUGAUCACAACUGCUCCACUAGCGACUGCUCCCGCUGCCUGGUCAUGCUGGAGAACCAGACCUUCACCCCCUGUCAUGCCUUUGUGCCUCCAAGCAUAUUUUGUGAAGUUUGGAUUAAAGACUCAGAGUAUGUCAAGAAUCAGUGCGUCGCUCUGGCUGCAUACGUUGCUUCAUGCCAUAAAUUCAAUAUCUGCAUUGAGUGGAGGAGCUCAGAUUAUUGCCCCUUCAUUUGUCCUGAUGCUCUGCAAUACCAGGCCUGUCUACCAGCAUGUACGUCUCAGUCGUGUCCAAAUUACGACUUUGACGCAGAUCCAGACCAGUGUUCAGGUCUAACUGAGGGAUGUGGGUGCCCAGAGGGAACUCUUCUCCACCGGCCAUAUUCUGCACUCUGCAUCUCCCCUGAGAAAUGUGCCUGCACUGACAGUUCUGGCAUUCCUCGUGCACACGGUGAGGUCUGGAAGGCCUCUAAAGAUGGCUGCUGCAUGUACCGCUGCGACAACGACACUAUUGUUCCAGUGGAGUACAACUGUUCCAGCACGCCGGCGCCUGUGUGCCAUAGAGCAGGCGAGAUGAUCAUUAGCAUGGCAGACGACACCAGCUGCUGCCCGUAUAAAGUCUGUGUGUGCAACCAGAGUCUUUGUGGUCAGCUCCCUCCGGAGUGUAAAUAUGGAGAGAAGCUGGUGUCGUACUACAAACCGGACUCUUGCUGUCCACAACACGUGUGUGAGUGUGAUCCUGACCUUUGUGAGUCAAGCAUCAUCCUCACCUGCAGAGAAGACCAGACUCUGAUCACCACCAGAGCUGAUGGCAGCUGCUGCUUGGCCCAUAUCUGCAUGUGUUCCCCUUGUUUGGAGAGACCUCCCUCCUGUCAGGACGGUGAAGUCAUGACUGUUGAUGGCAAUGCCACCGAUCAAUGCUGCCCUGCCUACCAGUGUGACUGUGAUCCCUACAGGUGUCCACAGCUAAGCUGUCCUGUUGGCAUGUCUGUGGUAUCUGUGUCCAGUCCAAACCGAUGCUGUCCCAACCAGACAUGUGAGUGCUCCUGUGAGAAAAUCGCCUCCCCUAAAUGUGGCCUGGGAGAAGCUGCACAGCUGGACCGGGCCUUUCUGUCCGACCCACAGAACCAGUGUGCCUGUAAAAGAUACAAGUGUGUACGCGAGGCUGUGUGUGUGUUUGGAGAGCGUGGAGUUUUACGGCCGGGUCAGAUUCUGGUGGAACACGGAAACGAUGGCUUGUGUUACAGCUGGGAGUGCAGCAGUGCGUUCGACCCAGCAAGUGGAUUCUACCUGUUGCGCACCUCCUCUGUCAACUGCUCUGCCCAAUGCCAACCAAAUCAGAUUUACAUUCCUCCCAAAGACCGGUCGACUUGCUGUGGUGUCUGUAAAAACAUCUCCUGCUUCUAUCAACAUGAAAAUGGGACCACUGCUCUAUAUAAGCCUGGGAAAUCCUGGGUGUCUAACUGCAUGAGAUUUGACUGCAGCGACACUCAGUUUGGACCAACGCUCAUCACCUACUCCUACAUUUGUCCGCUCUUCAACGAAACAGAAUGUAUGAAGAUUGGAGGAACAGUCGUAAGUUACAUGGACGGAUGCUGCAAGACGUGCAAAGAAGAUGGAAAGUCGUGUCAGAAGGUGACCGUGAGAAUGACGAUCAGGAAGAACGACUGCCGCAGUAACAGACCUGUGAACAUUGUGUCAUGUGAUGGGAAGUGUCCAUCUGCCAGCAUUUACAACUACAACAUCAACACGUACGCUCGAUUCUGCAAGUGCUGCAGGGAAACUGGUCUACAGCGGCGUGCUGUACAGCUCUACUGCAGCAGUAACGCCACGUGGGUCAGCUACACAAUCCAGGAGCCCACCGACUGCUCCUGCCAGUGGUCCUAAAUGGCCAAUAACCACACACUUGUAGCGAAACACACACACACACACUCAUACUCAGAGCUGCAUGAUUCACAUGAGAGGCUGUUUUAGGGUUCAGGUGGAUUCAGUGCUUAUCAGCAGAGCUGCCUGAUGAACGGAGGACUCUAGUAAUUCACGAUCACACAGGAAGUUGUUGCGGUGCCUCCACUGGCAGGGUGGUGGAACUUCAGAGCAGGAGAAACCCGAUUUUAAAGAAAUGGUUCUAGAAAAUAGAUUUUUAAAAUCAUGUCCUCUGGAGUGUUCUUUUUAAAUCAGGAAUCAAGGUGUCUUGGAGAAGCUGAGUUAACGGUGAGCUCGUGUGAGGCUGGCAUCAAAGCAAACGAAUAACUUGAACUCCUAAUUAUUAUGCAACAUUGUUCCUCUCUGAAUUUCAUUAGCAGUUGAUGCAAAUUAGUGUCAGCACAAUUUUCAAUGAGGUUUUGUGUAGGCAGGGCACUGAUUAUUGAUAAUGCAAAAACACUACAUAAAAAUCUAAACUAUCCUUUUAUUUUUUUAUACGUGCACAAAGAUCUCAGAUAAGCAAGUUGCUUUUUUUGCAAAAAGAUUUGCUCUUCAAAUGACCCUUUUCCAGUUGUGCUAAAAGGUUUCCAUCUAAACAACAUUUAAAUGUCUAAAUUCUGACAUUGAGGCACAGUUUAUUUUAUUUUCUUAUUUUGGAACUCAGAAAAUCCAACUUCUGUGUUCAAAUGGAUGAAAAAUGUAAAUGAUAAAAGAGGUAUUAGAAGGUAUUUUAUGAGUCAGUUUUAGUAAUUGCACAACACCUUUACAAUAAUUAUAAAAUAAUAAAGGUUUCCCUGCUCGGUGGUGCUGCCUCGCCAUCGUGACCCUGCAGGAGAUGAAGUUGUUUAAGAAAACAGCUGAGCUGCUUUUAGAGAAUCCGAAUAAAUAAAAACCAUUUUGAACCAGUCAGAAUACGACUUUUUCAGUGAACACAGCCUCAGUUUACAUCAUCAUCUUAGAUUGUUACCCAGAAUGCCUCAUGAUGCGCUCAUGUUUCUGUAAAUAACUGAAUUCUUUCAUUUGUUUUCAGUUUAAAACCUUUAGAAGUUUCUCUUUUAGAAAGACAAUAAACUGUUGAUCAUAGAUUAGGUUUACGUCAUACAACAAACACUGCAGUGUGUAACUGACUGACAUCAAGCUGUUUGUCAAGCACUUUAUUUAUUUAUUGGAGUUUGAUGAAGCACAAACGUUCUGAUCUGUUAGAGAUCCAGUUGACCCGGCUGGAAGAAGAGACACAACAUGAAGCCAAAGCCGGACUCUGACAGAACAAGAACAAAGAAAAACAGAGUGUGUUAAAGAUUUUUCUCAGAAUUUCCUUCGCUGACACCAACCGAAACAUCUGGAUGAUUACGUUCAAGAGAAUUUGCAUCACACGUGUGUACAUUUGGUUUUUCAAUAAAUUUUCCUUUGGUAACUCUGA